CUUGUUGUUAGCUGUGCUGUUGGGCAAACGCGUGGAUUUUAUCACGCAAAAUCAAUGGCAUUUAUUCAAAGAUUGCAACUCGUCCAGAGAGAAGCGGACGUAGUCGAAAGAAAGGUCGACAGACUGGUGAAGGAUGUGAACAAUACACAUGGAUCCAAAGAAGAGCUAUUUCGAAGAUGUCGGGAACUGCAGAUAUCAGCAGAGAAGACUCUAAAGGCACUACAGACAUUAGCAAAGGCUGAUGACCGGGCUCCAGAGGAGGAUAUGAGAUAUGAUCGGAAGAAACAGGCAGAGGAGAGGCGACUGAAAAAGAUGCUGGAGCGUCUGAACACGCUCUCUCUGGAGCUUUCACCACCAGGUCCCAGCGCUGCAGCAGACAAUAUUUCUAAAGAAGACAGUGAAGAUGAUGGUGACGGAAACAGUGGUGACAAUAACAGUAGCGAUGAUGAUGAUGAUGAUGAUGAUGAAACAGAUGGUAAAGAUGAGGACAGAGCUCCAUCUUCGUCACAAUUCUACAUGGUCCUCAAUGAUUUAGAAGGAGAACAGGAAGGAGAUCUCUCUAUUCAGAGAGGGGAAGUGUUGAGGAUAAUCAAGAAGACAUCAGAUGGAUGGUGGCUGGCUCAGAACACCAAAGGCUACAGAGGAGUGGUUCCAAAAACGUUCUUAAAGCUUGACUCUGAAAUUGAUGAUGAGGAUGAAGAGGACACAGAGGAUGAGGAUGAGAAUGAUGAAGAUGAGGAGGAAGAAGAAGACGAAGUUGAGGAAAAGCCCUCUGAUGAUCAGGGAAAGGACAGCAAAGUUUCUAAUUGGUCAACGGUCAGAAAGGCGCUGACUCAGAUUGACACAACAGAUGUGUUGUCAGCCAUGGGAGCUAUACCUUCAGGAUUCAGAUCAUCAACUCUCAGUAAACUACUGGAGGAAGAUGUUCAUUUCAAAUGUAGUCACUAUGUUCAGCCUGAACUCAGUGGAUCACAGCUCUCCUUUAAAGACCUCUCUUUGGACACAGACACUGGCAGGGUUCGGUCUCGUCAGGUCAGGACUUGUGUUUGUUUCACCUUGUGGAGCUGCAGGAUGAUUCCCUCUCCUGGAGUUGGACUUCAGGUCUUAAGCAGACACAUCCGUCUCUGUGCCUUUGAUGGAACUCAGGUGCUAAGUAACAUUCACACAGUGAGAGCAUCAUAUAACUCGAAAAAUCCAAAGACGUGGACCUUCUCUCCGAUGAUGUCUGGCAUCCUGCCCACCCUACUCGAUGGAGACUGUUUCCUGCGCUCUGACUCUUUAUCUCCUAACCUUGGGAUUCUUUUUGAGCUUGGAGUCAGUUUUUUACGAAAAUCUACAGGUGAGAGGGGAGAGCUGAGUUGUGGAUGGGCCUUCCUAAAAUUGACUGAUGACACUGGAAAUCCAAUCCCAAACAAGACUUAUGAGCUGCAGGUGAACGGUGGAACGCCUUAUGAGAAGGACGUCAUUGUGGAGACUUCAACUAAUCGGAAAUCUGUUUUCCAACAAAUGCUUCAGGGCAAGCAGCAGCCCAAACUGAAUGUUAAGCUGAAAUCAACUAACAGCCGCACCAGAGCACAGCUCAGUCUCCUCCCAGACACUCUGCUGUACUGUCUGAACUGUGUCCACCUGCUGGUUCUGCACCGACAGCUGCUGGCUGACACCCUGCUGAUCGACAGGCCCACCAUGCAGAAUGCAGAUCCUAUAAGCAGUCCGAUCCUCUCAACGUUUCCUGCGCUGUUGGACCAGACAGACCUGCUGGAUGCUCUCAGGAUUUCCUGGAUGGAGGCUGAAACUAACAUGAGCAGAGCACAGAAGAGAGACUUGACAUAUUUGAAGCAGGAGUUUAGUAAAGUCUACAUGUCUGUGUAUUUCCUGCUCAACUCGCCUUCGCUGCCCUGUUAUCGCUGGGCGGACCCACCCUCUGAGGAGCAGCGGGCCAGAGUCAUCUAUGCUGCUUUGGAGGAUCUCAAAAAGUACCAACACACCGCCAGACAAUCAGGAGGUCCAGAGAUCUUUUUUGACUCAGAUCAUUCACAUUUUGCUUUUGAUGUCCAAGAGUGCACCUUUGACCUCUUAAAUGCUGCACGGUGAGAAUAGUUUCACGUCACUGUGCCGUGGGAUAAGAACUAACUUUAUAUAGUUUUAAAGUCAUGUUUAAUGUAACAAAGGGACAGUUUUAUUUGGUUCUUAAGAAGAAUACCAUUCUUAACUGUGCCAUUAGUUUAUUUUGGAGGAUGUUAACACGUUUAACAAAAAGGUGAAAACCUGAAAUAAAGUUUGCAACACUUUCACAUACGACAAGCACCAGUUUGUGAAAGAAAAAACAUGUUUUAAUCGCAAAUGUUUUUCAUAAACACUAGGUGUUUUAGUAAAUUAUUUGUGAUAGAUAUACAUAAAAUACACACACACACAUAUAUACAUAUACACUAUACAGUAUUGUUUUUUUUUCUCCCUGCUGAUUAUUUCUGAAAUGUUCGGUAAUAGUCUGAAAUAAAAGGUUUGCAUAUUUUACAAGGCCUAACUGUAUGGGACAUUCUCUUAAAAUAAACCUUAAAGUAAUUGUUUA